GUCAUCAUUUGGGGUGUGUCGUUUUCGACACUUCCGCAGUGUGCUCCCUCACAUAAAGCACAGCAGCGCAAGUGCAGUCCUUCCUUUGCCACCAUUGGAUCGGCUGCGACGUGUAACCUACACACAACACCAUUGUAAGAGUCAUGGCAGAGCAGCAGGAGCGCACCUUCAUUGCCAUCAAGCCUGAUGGUGUGCAGAGGGGCAUCAUUGGGGAGGUCAUUUCCAGAUUUGAAAGGAAAGGUUUCAAACUGGUUGGCAUGAAAAUGCUUCAAGCAUCUGAGGACCUUCUUAUGCAGCACUACAUUGACCUGAAAGAGCGACCUUUCUUCCCAACCCUCAUCAACUACAUGAGUUCUGGUCCAGUGGUCGCCAUGGUGUGGGAAGGCAAAGGUGUCGUCAAGACCGGCCGAGUGAUGCUCGGUGAAACCAACCCUGCCGACUCUAAACCUGGAACCAUCAGAGGAGACUUCUGCAUUGAUGUCAGCAAAAACAUCAUCCAUGGCAGUGACUCAGUGGAGAGUGGUAAAAAGGAGAUUUCCCUGUGGUUCAAAGAAGAAGAACUGAGCACAUACACGAGCUGUGCCUUCAGCUGGCUCUACUGAGCGCUGUCAUGCAACAAAGCGCACACUUAAUAGGGACAGUAGACGCCCGUGUGGUUUGUUUUGCCUCUUUUACCAAACGGGAGAGAAGAGAAAAGUAGUUUUGACUCGAUUGCUCUCUGCAUAAAUCCAUAGUGUACUUCCUGGGCACAUUCUCCUAAAACAUUCCAUUAUUACCUCAAUCACCUCGUCCUUGUUGUCCAACUUAUACUUUACAAUAAAUGUCAUUCAAAUGUGUUUGGUUUUUUUUGCCUUGUACACACCUACAGUGGAUUUCAAAUAAACAUGACAAUGUUAAAA